UUCGUCUCCGCCUGCUGGGAGUAUUUCUUCAGAAGAAGUUCAGACUGAAGGGCAAAACCCGCCGAGCUCCUUAGAAUGUCAUCGCGAUCUCGUCUAACAAUUCGAAGAUUGAAGAGAAUGCUGCCAGAUGCGGGGUCUGACAGCAGCUCGUGAUCCCUUGUGGUAAUCAUACUAGCAACGUCUGCGGUAUUGCAACAUGAGAGUUAAAAAACUGACAACAGAACCCAUAAAUUUAAGGGAUUAUGAAUUUGAGGACUGCUUGGCAACAGAUAAUCUCCUGGUGGAUUACUUCAACUCAUUCUUAAGUCUUCCUACCUUUCCUGAGCCAAUUAAGUUCAACAAAGAAUAUGGAGUUUUUGAAGUCAUUAAUGAUGUACAGAAAUGCAUUACCGACCAGAUAAAAUCACUAUUACGGACUUACAGAGUUCCUAAUCCAAUAUAUGAUGUCGUAAGGAAAGCAUCUGGUCAACCUCCAACAGCUCAGCAGGAAGAAAACUCUCCAGAAAUCAAUAUUGAUACCAACUUCAAUGUAACGUGCCUGGAUCGAGAGCAGGGGGUUCAAUGGAUAAAGCAAGAAAGACUUCCACUGUUCCUGCAGAGUGACUGUUACUUUGAAUACAGGCUUGCCAAAUUGAUGUCACAGUUGGAAUGGAGCAGAAGUGGAGUAAAAUUACAGAUUGACCCGUUAUAUUAUCCCUGGCCUCUAAAAAGAGAACCAACCCCUGUUCUUUCUACUGAAGAUGAAAAUGAAAAAAUUAUGAAAGAUUUCUAUGUCUCACUUGGUCAGACCUCGGUUAAUGAAGCAGAAGAGUGGUUUACUUUGGCCAGGAAGAGUCAGGAAACUGAAACAGUACAUUCAUUAUCUGAGUCCCUCAACUGUAGUCAAACUCUGACUCAAGCAAACUUGAGUCUCUCUGCUCAUACAGACUGGUCUACAACAUGCAGCAGCUAUAGCAGUAGUCUAGGAAUUGGUUUAGAAGAAGACCUCUGCAGCCACUGUGUUACGCCCUGUAAUUUAGGCAAGAACCACCAUCAGCAUCCCAAAGGAAGAGUAGAUGUUGAAAGUGUCAGGGAAAGGCCAAAAAGCAUGAAUGAAAAUUGCUUUGUAUUUAUUCAUGAUUCUCCUUCAGCAGUUCACCUUACAACUUUUGUAGAUCAAAAAUCCGAGAGUGGAAUUGACACAGACUCUGACCAAGAUGACCACAGUCAAGGUGAUAUUGAUAUCAAUGGUCUUGAGAGAGAAGGAAAAGGAAUAGAAAGACAUGAUCCUCAUAUUGUGAAAUCUGAAACUGGACAGGUGAAAUAUGAUGCAUAUAAUAAUGACCCUUAUACUUCAGCGUUUAGAAUUUGGGAAGAAUUUGCUGAGGCCUUUGCUGAGCAGGUACUGCAGGCAGCACUUACACAUUUGUUUGGUGAGGCAUCUGUCAACAAAGAACAAAGUCUGGCAUCAUAUGAGCUGCCUAGAGUUAUUAUUGAUGAUUUUUCAGACCAGCAUCCCCCUGAGUUCACAGAUGUUUAUGAGAAUUCCAAGAGUGACUCCCAGGUUAAAGAAGAAGGUAAAGCAAAUGACACUUUCAGUAGCGUAGAAGAUGACAGCUUGAUGUCUGAGUAUGGAACAGAUGAAGAGGAACCAGAGAAAGAAGAAGGAGAUGGUGGUGGUGAUGAUGGUAGGAAUCCUUUGCCAGUUAAAGGUCGUCAUCAUGAUUUUCAAAGCCAGAAAGGAUUUGAAAGAUUUAAAAAGUUUCUUAUAGGAACAUCUGGUGAGAAAUAUUGGUCACUGUGGCUAGAUAUCGAGAGACUUAAAGUAAUCACAGAUACAACAAGGAAGAAAAGGCACCUGAGAAUUAUGAAGACUACAUAUUUGGUUAGCAGUGGAGUGCAUUUUCUGAACACAGAAAUUCUUUCUAGAUUGGGAGUGUCAGAUGCUGCACUGUGGACUGAGGAAUGGCUGUGCCUAAUUCAACCUGAUGUGCUGAAGCCAUUGCUUUUGUACUGGGGACCAAGGUAUUGUUUGACUGGCACUGUUUCUGCAGUUCAUGCAAGUGCAGAACUCAGGACAUGGAAAGAACGGCACCUGAGGCCAAAAACAAGUGUUGAGCCUCAUCUUCGGACUGUUUCUCUGCUGCCACUGAGAUCAAAAUCUUGUGUUCCAAAGAUAAACUUUUCACCUUCACAGAAAUGUGAAAGGCUACCUCCAAAACAACCAUCAGAAUCUGGUGCUGUGUCCUCCGAGAAAACCAUCAAGCUUCUGAGUACAACUUUAAUUUCAGCAAAAAGAAGUUCUAGGUCCAUUCCUUCCAGCUCUGUGAAAAAAACUGACUCCAAUAAGAAGAGACAUCAGCUUCCUUCAGCCAAAAGUGAAGUAUCCUAUUUGUCUUACCGCGCCAGCACUUCCUUGACUCUAGAUAUGGACAAUGAAUCCAAAGGCUGCAGCACAAAGAUUUCACAAGAUAAGAUGAAUAAAAGCACUGCUGUCCCAGAAAAAUCAAACAUGGAAGCCAUGUUGCAGGCACUGCACUUCGACAGCAAAGCUGGCUACUUCUUCAUGCAGUUUUGUGAACACUCUGGCAACAAGCUCUGGAAUCAUAGCAUACAUUUCUGGUUUGAUCUUCAAGAAUAUCUGAAGCUCUUUUGCCAAGAAGCUUUUCAUCCUUUUGAAGUAAAGAAGCAAGCACAAUUUCUUUAUACUACAUAUGUGGCAUACGGAGCAUCCAAGGUUACUGGAGUUGACCAGGCUAUAAGAAGAAAGAUUUAUCAGAAUCUGGAUCCACCUUUUGAGGACCUUUUUGAUCCAGCUGAAGACUAUGUCCUUACACUUCUGCUGGUUGCAUGGGUGCAGAUGUCAGCUUCAGACAGAGCAACAUAUAAAAAGGUAGAACUGUUUGAACAGGCUCGGAAGAUGGAAUCUGUUUAUACCAAAAAGUUAAAGGCACUGCAGGAAAAGAUUUGUGGGAAGGUUACAGAGGGCAGUAUUUCUAAACUUAACAUGAUACCUGUGCCAGAUGUUCCCAAAGACAUUAAUCUGUGGAACAGUGUUCCUGAGGAAUAUCGCAAUUACAGCUUUGGAACCCUGAUUCGCAAUAGGAUGGAACUUCAGAAAUUCCGUGAGUUCCUGGAGGAUCAUUUUGCAAGUAUGGACCUUUUGUGUUGGAUGGAUAUAGAACAGUUCAGAAGAAUACCUCACAAAGAACGAGAAAAGAGAGAAGAGAAAUCCAAAGAAAUUAAGACCAAGUACCUGAAUAAAAAGUACUUCUUUGGUCCUAGUGGCCCUGCAACCAGAGAGCAACAGGAGCAGGUGAUACAUUUAGGUGGAGGCUGGGGGAAGAUUCUUCAGAGUGUUUUGCCUUCUCCUCUUGUGAUUGAAGUGCAGAAGUAUGUCAAACAUAGGCUUGAAAAGAAAUGGCUACCCCUCUUCCUUGCCACCCCAGAAUUUAUGGAAAGACAAAAGAAGCAGGUUCAGAUCCAUGAUAUUGCUGAAGAUCAUCUACUUCUGAAACACAGGAAGAGGCGUGAGGUAUGGCGGAACCUUGACAAUAAAUGGAUUUCUUCAUCUAAAGAAAUCAUUGCCUUCCGCAAAGCUUUAUUGAAUCCGGUAACAGGUCUUCAGUUUCAACGAUUUGUUUCUCUCAAGGGAGACUAUCUAGAGAAUGGAGUACUGUUUUGGUUAGAAGUGCAAAAAUAUAAGGACAUGUGCCACUCCCACAUCGAUGAUGGCUCCAUACAUAAUAAGGUUAACACCAUCAUUAGCUGUUUUAUAAACUCCAGUAUUCCACCAGCCCUGCAGAUUGACAUUCCACUAGAACAAGCAGAGCAAAUCAUUCAGAAGAAACGGGAAUUGGGACCGUAUGUCUUCCGAGAAGCACAGAUGACUGUCUUUGGAGUUCUGUUUAAGCUGUGGCCUGCUUUUUGUGAGUUUCGGAACAACUUAGCAGAGGAUACCAUUUUACCAGUUUUGGAAAAAAAGAAAGAAAAGAAAUUAGAAAAACUGAAAAGAAAAAUGAAAGAAGAGGAGAUGAAGCAAGAAGAAGCCAAUAAGAAAGAAAGCUUCAUGGAAAACUUAUAUGGAGAUUCUGACAGCAAUUACAGUGGCAGUCAAGCAGAAGCAUUAUACAGUGAUAAUGAUGAAACCAAAUAUGUGAGAAACCGACAUAUUUCUUGGUCUUAUUCUAAAUACAUAGAAGCACUGGAACAGGAAAAGAUGCUAAGCCAAAUGCAAAGUGAACUGGAGAGAAAAUCUAUUCUUUCUUCUACCUCUUCCUCAUUAUCUGCAGAUGUUUUAUCUAUCCACACUCUAAAGAUGGAAAUCUCUAAAAGAUCAAGGAAAUCAAUACACUCUUUCAGCCAGGACAAAAUACCUCUGAGGUCUUAAAGAUACAGAGGCCUACAGUUAGUUUGAAUAAAUUAGCAGUUUGGAAGACUCGAAGAAAUGGCAGCAGACAGAAAAAGUCUAAGGAAGAUUUUACAUUUCUUUACAGAGGAAACACCACAGAUAAUGCCCCACACUUGUACCUGUGUUGUUGCAGCAAAAUCAUACAGUGGAAUGUAUUAUAAUGCUAUAGAACAUACUUUAUGAAAUUAUGUACGUUCUGUUUAUGUUGCAAGCCUGAAUUUUCAAACCUGCUGGUGUUUGAAAGGAGUACAUGCACAUAAAAAUCAAGCAAAAUGACACUCAAAACAGGAGUACGUCUGUGGAAUUGCCAUUCAUAUAAAUAUUACUGCAUGUUAAUGCACAGAAUUUUAUAUUAAAGUAUUAGCCUUUGACCUCUGCUGAAAUAGCAAUGGGUUGUAUUAUAAAACUGGAUUUGUUUUAUUUUCUGUUAAUGGUGAGAUUCUAGGAUAUGCAUUAUAAUUCCAUGAAAUUAUUACAUUAAGAAUGAGCAUUAUUUCUGUCAAUCAUCUUUUAGUGGUAUCUUUUACAUUUAUUUCAUCUAUUUACUAUGUGAGUCCAUUAGACAAAAAUGCUUCAGGAAAGACCCGAGAACCAUGUCAGGUUAAGCAACAUGUUCAGAAUCAUAGUUUGCAAGUUGAAAGUUAGGAAUCAAACCUAGUCUUACAGGGAGAAACAUUUUGGAAACUCACACUGAUGACCCUCUGUGUUAAACCUGUUAUUUAAAGAAAAAACAUCCUAUAUUUCUAAAGAAUGCAUCUAACAUAUGUAAACAUUUUGAUUUCUGAGUUACUUAAGUACGAUGUGGUGAAAUUCAUCUUGAUUAUUUCUGGGUUUAUGUAUAAAUGAAAUGUAUGGAUUAAAUAUUAAACAGCAAACACGCAGUGAUAAGAUUUUUGCUUUACACAAUUUUAACUCUUUGUAGGAAACCGUAUAACAUAGACCAAGAUAUAGUUCAUCUAAUUUGCAUAUCUGUGAUUAGACCAUCUUAUUACCAUUUUACAGCACUACUAAAUUUGCAUCACUACAUUGAUAAUGUGUCUCAUCCCUGAUUUUGACUCAAAUUUUAGCUGUGCCCCUCUUAAUCCCUCCUAAAACUAAUGACUUUUGGAGAUGAUAAACUGCACUUAAUAAGUAAUGACAGUAAUUAGUUAUAGUCUUAAUUUCCUUCAGA